UUGGCGGUUAGAUGGAUCGAAGGAGUUGGCUAUGGCGGCGAAAAUCGUCGGAAAAAAGUCCGAGCGGCGAAACGGAGAGCUCAGGGUCAUUAUCGUCGCAUUCAGAAAGAUUUUCCGAUGACCAGACUCCGUCGAAUCACAAUAUUCAUUCCCCUGAAGUUACAUCUAAAGGUACACAAGGUGACGAACUUGACAGUAGUGUGAGGACUCUGUCAGAGAAAAUAUCUGCAAAUUCCCCUGAAAUUACAUCGAAAGCUACACAAGGCGAUGAAUUUGACGAUAGUGUAAGGGCUCUGUCGGAGAAACUGUCUAAAGCUCUUCUUAAUAUCCGCGCAAAGGAAGACUUGGUUAAGCAACAUGCUAAAGUUGCAGAGGAAGCCGUCUCCGGUAUCCUCUCUCGAUGGGAAAAGGCUGAGAAUGAAGUGUUAGUAGUGAAGCAACAAAACGAUUCCUUAAUUCGUAAAAAUUCGCUUCUCGAGGAACGUGUUAUCCAUCUUGACGGGGCCCUCAAGGAGUGUUUGAGGCAGCUUCGACAAGCGAGAGAUUAUCAAGAAGAAAAUAUUUGCGAAGCCGUUGCCAAAAAAAGCCUCGAAUGGGAAUCGAAGAGAUCCGAACUCGAAGCUAAAAUCGAAGCUGCAGAGAGAGAGAACUCGAUUCUUAAUCUCAAACUUCUCUCCAAAUCCGAAGAAUUAAAACUAAGUACCAACGAGAGAGAUUUGAGCACUCAUAGUGCUGAAACAGCUAGCAAACAGAAUCUCGACAGCAUAAGAAAAGUGUCCAAGCUUGAAUCGGAAUGUCGAAGGCUAAAAGCAGAGGCUUGUAGAGGGUCGGUUACUGCUUCGUCGGUUUACGUGGAAUCUUUCGCCGACAGCCAAUCGGAUAACGACAGCUGUAAAAUGAGUGGAGUUCUUGGAAGGAGUAGUCUUAUUGUACCUUCGGUUGAGAUUGAUUUGAUGGACGAUUUUCUUGAAAUGGAGAGGCUUGCUUCGCUACCCGAUAUAAAUGGAGGAAGCAAUAACGGUACGAGGGUCGAGUUUGGCCGAGAUGAAAUGGAAGCUAUGAUUAGUUUGACGAACAAACUGGAGGAAAAUUUAGGGAAGGUAACUGCAGAGAAAGUUGGUUUGGAGAUUGCUCUUAGCGAGUGCCGAGUUCGACUGAAGGCAUCAAGAGAUCAAAUAAAGAAAACGGAGGUGGAUUUGGCUGAGCUGAAAACGGAGGUGGCUUUGGCUAAUGAAGCGAAGAGAGUUGUACAGAAAGAAUUCGAGCGUACAAAAGUGAAGCUCGAGAAUUCGAAUAAGCUUUUGGAUAAUGCAAAGGCGAAUCUUGGUCAAUUUCAAGAUCGGUUGACCAAAUCAAAUGAAGCGAAAAUUAGAGUUGAGGUACAACUUGAGGAAGUUGAGGUACAACUUGAAGCAAAGGAACUCGAGUUAGAAGCCUUGCGCUCGAGCAAUUGUACCUUAGAGAAAGAAAUUGAGGAAGAAAAGAAAAUUUUCUACGGAAAUUGUUGGUAAGUGUGACGUAUUGGAAGAUGAAAUAUCAAGAAUGAAAUCUUCGACACAAGAAAUUGAACUCGAUUUAGAAAACUUGCGC